AUGACUCCAACCGUGCCACCCUCGAGCAGCGCGAAGCGCCGAUUGGUUGGGCUCGACGUCAUGCGAGGCAUAACGAUGGCUGUGAUGCUGGUUGUGGACAUCGCUGGCGAUGCAUAUCCCAGCAUUGGACAUGCUGCCUGGGAUGGUCUACACCUCGCAGAUUUCGUGAUGCCUUACUUCCUGCUCAUCUCCGGCAUCAGUGCAGCACUCUCUCCGGUUCACCCAAUGCAGCGUGCUUCAGUGCUUGGCCGGGUGUUCUUGCGCUCCCUGAAGCUCUUCCUUGUAGGUCUUGCCGUGCAGGGCAGUGCCUUUCACGUGACCAAGGCAGGUCCACUGCUUGUUUUUGAUCUCGCCACCUUCCGCGUGAUGGGUAUCCUGCAGCGAAUUGCGGUGGUGUUUCUCGCAGUCAUGAUCAUUGAUCUCUACAUCCCUGGCUCUCGCAGUAGAGCCAGUGACAGUGAGCUGCUUCACCAGCAGUCUGCAGGACACCGCUUUGAUCUGGGUCUUCGACUUCUUGCGGAUUCGCGGUGGCAGUGGGCAGUCGUGCUCCUAAUCGUCGGGCUCGGCGGUUUGCUCACUUACGUAGUGAAACCCCCGGCUUCCUGGCCUGCCUGUUCCGGCGUGCUCUUUGGGCCUGACGAUCCAGAGAUUCUGCGCAGGAUGGGAUGUAGCAGCGUGGGCUGGCUGGACAGCUGUGUGCUGGGCAUCAACCAUCUCUACAUUGCCGGCAACAAUGUGAGUCCAACUGCUGCGGCAAACUUCGGCUUCGAUCCUGAGGGCAUGGUGACGACUUUGAGCGCAGUGUUGCCCAUGUUCUUGGGUCUGCAAAUUGGGCACGCCUGGAGACUGCUGAAGUCUGCAAAAGAGGUCAUGGUACACUGGGCAAUGCUAGCAGCGUUUUGCACAGUGGCCGGAAUUUCCAUGUCGGGCUGGCUGCCUUUCAACAAGCGGCUUUGGUCGCCAUCAUACAGCUUCUUCACCUCCGGCACUGCCAUCCUGAUGUAUGCGCUGCUUUACUUCGCCUGCGACGUCUUGGCACAGCGCCCAACUUUCUGGGGACGAGCAGCUCUUCGCUUCGCCCCGCUUUACGCACCUUUCCGGUGGUUGGGAAGCAACUGCAUACUCUUCUUCGUCCUGUCAGACUGCUGCGGGGUGUUCUCGUGGUUUCUGCAAUUCAUCGCCUGGGGUCAUCCAGCAGGUGAACACAAUGUUGUACACUGGUUUCGGAAGCAGCUCCUGAGGAAGGCUUUCAACUGCACGGCGACGCUCUGUGGACCAGCCGAUGUUGCCUAUGCUCUGGUCGGCCUUGCAUUCUGGGUGCUGGUAUGCGGCGUCUUGCACCGCAGAGGUAUAUUUUGGAAGAUAUGA